CGAGACGUCUAUGACCCUAGGAUUACCAGCCCCAAGUCCUCCACUGUCUGGGUGGUUGGGCACUCUGUGGAAGUGACGUGGGACACAUCCGACAAGCCCAAGCACGUUACGAACCCCGAGGGCAAGGUCGUGCUCGGCUACGUUGAGGACGGCGAUCCCAGCGAGCAUCUUGACAUGGAUCAUCCCUUGGCUGACGGCUUCGACAUCUCGGAUGGCCAUGUUAAGAUCAAAGUGCCGAACGUCGAGCGUCGGAAUGAUUACAUCGUCAUAUUAUUCGGUGACUCCGGCAAUAGGAGCCCAGCCUUCACUAUU